UGUGUGAGAGACCGCUUGACUGGUCACUCCAGUGCAGCCCAAAAUCAUGGAGGCUCCGGUCAUGGCAAAGGGAGUAUUUACUAUAGGACUGAAUGGGCCUCUUGAAACGCGUGGGUAAUAUUGCCCAUUUAAAAAUAAUAAUUGUGACAUUACACCUCAUUAAGGUAGCACAAUUAAGCCUAAUUACAACCCAUUAACUAAUCAAGGAGUUCUAGGUUAAUUUCCUUAAUCAAGUGCGUGUAAUCGACAAAGAAAUAAGUGGUCGUUCUCGUAAUGAAGUAAAUCUGCACAUUUUUGUUCUUUUUCUUUGCGUCUUCCAUUUGCUUUCCGUUCCUCACCUUUCUCUCCCCCCUUAAAGAAUAAGCGAAAUCACGCCCCUUCGCACCCUCGACUUGCACGAGUGGUCGUGCGUCUCUCACUCGCCCCUCCGUUUGGAGAUUUGUGCCCUUACUGACUGCAAAAAAAAGAGUGCAAGUCGUCUUGACAGAGGAACGGGAGAGGGGCAGAAAGACAAGGGGGUGGGGAAGAAUCAAACGUACGCAUCAAUUUGUACAGUCUUGAGCUGCACCCCGUUUUCUGCGCCGAUUUCAGGGGGAGCGGCUGGGAAGCGAGAAAACGCUGCGAUAUUUGCGGAGCCGCAACAAUGUAAAUCGGCGCGUCGCGUAACGUUACCCUCUAUGUUUGAACGCGCGUAGGUCAAUGUACAGUACAAACGGCAGAAGGAGAGAGAGAAAGAAAGGGAGAUACGCAUCGCUGGAUGUUAUAGGAUUCAAAGUUUCAGUGCUGGUAGACAGCCUGUAGGCCAACCAUCCCAAUUGUGGUCACGUUCCAGCUUUAUGUAAUGGCUGACUGGAAGGAAUGGACCACAUAGAGAGCUAGUUAUGAAGACCCGAACCCACAAAGAAUCGAUGCCCGCACGCAGUGGACGCAGGAGGGGGGGGAACGAGGAAAGGAGGGGUAGACGUCCGCACCCCAGUCCCUCUCGAGCAGAGCGCAACGAAAGGCAAACACAAAGAACUGCUGGAGAGGAAUUGGCUGCUGGCCGUUUCAGUCGUCGAUCUCAAGGCCACGAUUCAUCAGAAAGUGAAGGAGAGGAGCUAGUACCCCCACCAAAAAGACAGAAAGUCCAGGACCCCUCUUCCAAUCCCCCAGCUCCACCCCUUUCAACUAACACUCCAACUUCAGCUCCACCCCCAACGUCAAGUAACAGUCAGUCAAGAGAGAGUGACAAUGAAGAUGGCCAAUCACAAGGCAGCAGGAGCUCGGUUGGAGGCAGCUUAGCCAAUAGUAGCAGCAGCAUAAGCAGUGGUCGGGAUAUUGACCAGGACAAUCGAUCCUCUUCUCCGAGUCUCUCUGCUUCCCCAUUGGCCAGUUUGGAUUCUGAAUCAGACUCUCCAGAUUCCCCAAAGCAGAAUGAUAAAAACAAAGAUGGAGGCACAUCAAAAUGUAUGCCGGAGGAUCGGAGAGGAUCGGGGAGGGUUGAGGAGGGCAGUGCUGGGGACCAGAGAGACAAUGAAGCCGCAAUGGAGGGAGAUUUGUCUCCCCUAAAGUCCCCAUCAUCUCUCUAUCCAUCCCAUCGUGGAGUAGUGGACUCUACCAGUGAUACAAGUAGCAGCAGGAAGUCAUACUUCCCCCUAGAUUCCAAACCUGCAAGUAAAUUAGAAUACACAGGGUCUGGUGGUACUGAGACGAUGCAAACCUGCAGCCGUAUCACUUCCAAAGCAGCCACUCAGUGUGUGAAACCUGGUGUGGGAGGGGUUGAGUAUUCCCAUGGGAAUUCAAAUGUGAGCCAUGCUUCAACUCUCCCACCUCCACCUGCUCUGAAACCUCUAGAGGUGGGGCAGAACCCUCCAGGUGGGGAAAGUAAAACAGACAAACCAGAGAAAGGCGAUAAGUCUGCUCCACCCUCCUUGCUUCCACAAGCUAGUACUAUUCCCCAGCAACCUCCACCUCCCAGCACUCACCACUACACCCCCACCAGCUGGUCAGGGGGACCUCCCGGCAACUGUCCUGGCAACUGGGGAUACAUACGUUACCCAGGUAACCACCACACACAUCCAAACCAGCAACCCCCGGUGCAGCAACAGCUUCCCUCUGUGUACAAUUCUCCUUCAUCCACGCGCCACUCCUCCCACCCACCUUACCUGCCUCACCCUCAUCCCCACCCACAUAAAGAAUACCUGCCUAGGUAUGGCACUGCAGCUGACAGGGAAAGGGGCGGAAGGGAAUUUGGUAACAGAGACUUCCCUGCUAAUAAUAGCAGUAGCACCGCAAACAGCAGCGGUGGUAGCACUUCUAGUGGCGGAGGACCCAACUCUAAUGCUGGCCGGGAUUUCGGGAACCCUUUAGCUGGUCAGGGCAGAGAAUUUAGCUCAAAUCGAGAUGGGUCUGCAGGUCCACCAAGUGGUAGGGAAUAUGGACCUGGAUUUAGAGAGCGUGAACGGGGGAGGGAGUUUCCUUUGCAGAACCAGCAGCUUCAAGCUCAGGUGAGAGAGUUUGGACCUGAAAGCACAGGAGGUGGAGGGUCUCUUUCAAGAGACAAGGAUGGCAGGUGGGGAGAGUUAACAGGUCAGGUUAGAGAGGCAGGAAGUAACAAUUACCCUGGUACUGCUAACCAGACACCUGUAGGUGCCCCAUCUUCUGGUGUACUUUCAACAGCAGUGAACCGUGACCCAUCCAGUUCACCACAAAACACCUCCAGUCAUCCAACAUUUUCUUCUGCAAAUUCAAAUCCUCCCAGUAGAGAUUAUCCACCUCCUAUGGAUCCAAAUGUACAGCAGACACUGCAAGGACAGACUCCCCAAGCAGCUUCCAACCCUGCAGACCUCCCUCCUCCUCCACACUAUUUGAGAGAGUACCCCCCUUCAGGGACAAAGGACUACCCAACCUCUGGAGCAACCUCUGUCCCACAUUCUGGUGUGCCCAGGGAUUACCCAAGCCCACCUGGAUUGGCCCCAAACCUUGCACGGGAAUAUCCUGGUGGACCUCCUCAUCACAGCCACUACCCUGGCCAGACUGCCUUACCUAUGCAGCACAGAGACAGAGAAAAGGAAAGCACUGCAUCCGCUCAUCAUUCAAAUCGCAGUCACCCACCAUCUCUUUCUCCUUCAUCAGGGGGCUCUGGACACGGACAUCCAACAUCUACUUCUUACCCUCCUCCUCCACCACCUCCCCCCCCUACUAGUUCACAUGGUCAACCACCACCCAUCACAUCCCUUCCAGGCAGUCAUGUUCGACAGGGACCAUAUCCUUCAUCCAAUCAAACUCCACCAACACCACUGUCUCCUCUUCCCAGCCCCUCAACUAAUCAGAUGGGAGGCUUUGCUCCUUUUCCAUCCACCUCUGCUCCAGCUGUACAACUGCCUGCAUCAGGUGUGCCCAGCUCCUGUCCAUCGAGACCCACUUCUUACCACAGCACUUUAAGCAGUCAUACCCCUUUCAGUAGCUCUUACCAUGGCAACAGUAACCAUGGAAAUGCUAUGGCAAAUAGCAACGCUCCCAACAAUAGCAAUAGCACUAACACUCAAUUGCACUCCCCUCAAAACUCUAAAGUACCACCACAUCUCAGUAACCAAGGCCAUAACAACACUGGUCCAACCCCUGGCACAUCUGUUGGAGGUAAUUGCCACUCCGAUACGACCUCUGGUGUUGUGCCAACACCUGUCAUCAAGGAGGAACCAGUAGAGGAGAGAGAGGAGAUAGAGAGCCCACCUCCAGUUAUCCGAAGCCCAUCCCCAGAACCAAAACCAGUUGACAUUCCAAUCCAUGCUAGUCAAUCAGCUAGGUUCCACAGGGUUCUUGACCGGGGGAGUGGGAACUCAUGCGCUCGCAGUGACGUGUUAUUUGUUCCACUCGAUGGUUCUAAACUUUGGAAGAAGAGAAAUGAGACUAUAGAACGUGCCCGUAGAGAGGUAGAACAGCGUGCAAGAGAUCUGCGAGAGAAAGAGAGGGAACGUGAGAGAGAAAAGGAGAGAGAAAGAGAUCUGGACAGACACCUGCAGCAAAAGGAGAGUGGUACCAGUACAGGGUUGGGAGCUGCAGGCGCACGCCAGGGCUCUUCACUCUUCUUUCCUUCUUCGUCCUCCAUCCUUCUAGACCCUUCAUCAUCAUCUUGCUCUUUAAACCCCUCUCACCCCACAGCCCAUCCACAGCACCACCCCUCCCAUCAUCCCUCCCAUCAUCCCUCCCACCCUCACCAUCACCCCCACUCCCUUCACCACUCACAUCCUCUGCAUCCAUCUCUCUCUCACGCCAUACCUCAUUCCCUCCUCCUCCCCUCCAUGGCAGGGGGAUCUGGAGUCGUUGGAGGCCCUCAAGGUGCUCUUGGAAUCGGGCUUGGGGGUCCUUAUUUGGGCCCCGAUACCCCAGCCUUGAGAACCCUGAGUGAAUAUGCUCGUCCCCAUGCCAUGUCUCCACUAGGCGCUGCCAGCAGAGUGCAGGCACAUCACCCCCACCUGCACCACCACCCUCACCCACAUGCGCAUCCCCAUUUUCAGCACCCUUCAUUUUUCCUGUCCCAGUUCCAAAACCCAGCCCUUGCACACCCUCACCACCUUCCAGCCGAUGCUGCCACAGCGGCUGCCAUCCUGGGCUUUUUGUACGGGGGUGGCCUGGAGGGAGGCCCCACCCACCCAGGGCCUGGACCGGGGCAUGGUGGGCUGACUGGGACGGGGCUUGGAGGAGUGGGAUUCCCUCAUGCUGUAGCGGCUCAUCGAGACAGAAUGAAGCCCGGAUUUGAGUUUAAGAGUGAGGAGCGUGUCUACACAGCUGGAGGCUUAGCCGAUCCGGCACUAGCUUUGUCACACGCGCACUCACACGCACACUCACACUCCCUGCUGCUGGGGGGUGGAGCAGGAGGCGGAGCAUCAGGUAGCGAGGUGACGCUUUAUGGUACGACCCCACCUCCCGCUCCACCCCCUCAAGCUUUAGCCACGGCGACUCGGAAUCCCAACCCCGCCCCUCAGCCUCUGUCAGUCCCACCCACCUCGUCUAUUCUCCCAGCUUCACUCCCCACCCACCAGGUUCCUGCGGGUGCUCCAGUGACGCCGGCAGCCCCUGCAGCUCCCCCUCAACCUCCUCCCCCGCCUCCUCCACCUCCUACAGCAUCCUCUAUUCAUCACCCCUCCCCACACUCAAACUUUCCAAGUACUCACACUUCUUGUCAACCUCCGCCCGUCCCAACUCAGGCCCCACCCUCUGAACGAUAUCCCACCCCUGUGCGCACUCCUCCCAGCACAGAGCGUGCAAGGAGCGUGGAGAGGGAGAGAGAGAGAGUGAUACCAGCCACAGAGCGGGAGAGAGAAAGGGCAGGGACAGGUGGAGGAGGAACAGGAGGCGGCACUGCCGCUGGAGGAGGUACAGGAGGAGGAGAUUCUCUUGGACGACUACAGAUGCUGAACGUGACUCCUCAUCAUCACCAGCAUUCACAUAUUCACUCUCAUCUUCAUCUGCACCAGCAAGAGACAGCCGCGGGAGGGGUACACCCCCUAAUGGAUCCUCUGGCAUCAGGGUCUCCCCUGGCCCGUCUGCCGUACCCCGGGGCUGCUCUUGGGCCCCCUAUCCUGGCUCACUCUCUAACUGACAGUGAGGUGCUUCGACAGCAGCUCUUUGGUGGUCCUUUUCGUGAUUUGCCCCAGUCCUCGUCUCUGGGUGGGUCCAUGUCUGCAGCUCACCAGCUCCAGGCGAUGCAGCAAGCUCAGAGCGCUGAGAUUCAGUUCCAGAGACUCGCCCUGGAACAGCAGUGGAUCCACCACCACCACCAUCACUCCCUAACACAGGACGAGUUCUAUAGCCACCUGAAAAAAGAGAGUGACAAAACUCUGUGAGAAAGACAAAGGAGAGGAAGAAAUGAAGGAAGGAUGAAGUGCAAAUAAAACCAAUCAUUCAAUACGCAGCACUGAUUGACUGAACGUUACCAGAUGGAGGGGACACCGGAAUACAUAUCAUUCAAUGUGAAUUAAACUAAAUAGAGGCGCAACAAAAAAGGUGUAUAUUCCAAAAAGGUGAAAUGUAUAACUCUGGCACAGCCUACAUACUGUGUCACUAAAUGAAUAUUCCCAAACGCCCCAGGGAAUUGAUUCUUCAUUGUGUUUAAUACACCAGACAGAGAAGUUUAGGCUGUGGUUCAGUCUAUGUACAUUACGUCAUGCCAGAAAGAAUGUUUAAAAAUGAAGUCUCCUUUUAUGUAUUUGCAUGUAGCUAGAUACAAAAGCCCAGUGGGCUAAAACUCUUGUUCUGUUUUUGUUUUUGAACUCGAACACUCUAAAAGAGUGUGUUUAUGAGAGGGUGCAUGAGAUGACCGGCUUUCCUUCAUAAAUUGUUUCUUUUUCGUGUUCUUAUUAAAAUGAUUGAUGUCGUUUGUUAAUAAUUAUAUGAUUAUAUAAACAUUAUUUUUUAUUAUUUUUUUACAUUUUCAUGGUACCACUGUUUAUUUUUAAUUUUUUAUGUUGAAUUGACCUUGUGGGAAAAAUGCAAGAUAAAAAAAAUAAUGAAAAAGAAAAACC